AAGAGCACCAGACAGCAGGGUGGAGGGAGAUAGAGAGAGAGAAAAGAGAGGGUGAAUGUAUGUGUGGCCAGAAAGAGAGAGGAUAAAAAGGUAGCUCGAGAGCUCGAGGGAGAGGAUAGAGUGGGAGCGAUAGAGUACUAGAUAAUGGAGGUGCACUCAGAGUGUGUGGAGCCUCCUGUGGCCCCUCAGUGUGACCCCCAGCCUACUGGGAAGAUCAACAAAGCUGCCUUCAAACUCUUUGGGAAGCGGCGCACUGGAUCUGGAAUGGCCAGCUUCUUCUCCUUCAGGAACAAAGGGGCUACAAACAGCGGGAACAACGGGAAUUCUGACAAUGGGAAUUCUUUGAAUGGAAACAGCUCAGGGGCAUCGGUGGAGCUUGUGAGGAGCAAAACCCAUGAUGGACUAACAAGCUCUAACAACGACGCUGAUGGACAGAGAGGGGAGGGACUUGCUGGAAUGGAGGCGGGGCCGGUGAGGUCUCUCAGCAAAUCGCUGAGUUUCUUCUCUCUUCUCCGACGUGGGAGUUUUAGGUCGAGUGAAAAUGGAGGGGCGGGACUAGUUAGAAGAGGGAGGGGCCUAAAAGGAUUCUUCAGCAGCAUGCGAUGGAGACGUAAAGAAAAAACAAAUGAGGGCGAUGGAGAAGAGGCAGAAGCGAAGAAGGAUAAGGAUGGAGAUGCUGCUGAUGCUGAAAAGGUAAAGGAUAUCACUCUUACCCUUGAACCACCACCACAUGAUCAAGCAGACUGUGGGAAUGCAGAAGCAGGACCUAACCUCCAAGCACCAGAGACUCCCACCACGAGUGUUACCAUGACACCUCCACACUGUGUUGCCAUGCCAGGGCCAUCUGGUGAGCCAGACUCCCCCUUUCCUUACACACCCACUGACUCGCCACUGCGGCCUCCCGUCCAAAAAGCCAAAGCUUCAAUUUCCAGCCUCAGCCCCUCCCUCGCUACACCCCCUUUGGAUCGCUGCAGCACUGGUGACCCACCCUCAGAGCCCUGUGUGGACCGACUCUGCUCUCUCCUCUUUACUGAUGUCACAUCCCUCAAGAGCUUUGAUUCACUGACAGGGUGUGGUGACAUUAUUGCUGAUGCAGAUGAGGAGGGCCCAGUAGGUAAUGGGGGUAGUGGUACUAGCAGCAGUAGCAGUGGUGGUGGAGGGGGCAGUGUGGGAGUGGGUAUUGGGAGAGUUGUUGGUAUCACCAGUGCUAUCUCCCCAUCUAAACCCACUCUAUCUUCCCAGUUGUCCCAGCCCAUGUUCUCUGUUUCUGCAAACUCUGCACCUGCCUCCCUGCCUGCCCGAACCAGGGCUCAGCCUCAACCACAGCAGCACCCACCCGGUAGCGGUGUGGUGGCCUACAUGGGAGGAGGGGAAGAAAUGGCGAGCCCAGAAGGAGUCGACGAUGCAGACAUGCAGGGACUCUGGCACAUGCUGCCCUCUACAGGAGACAACUCCCCUGCAUUGCCCCGAUCGCAUCAGCCUUCCUCCUCUACCCCUACUUCCACUUAUCCCCCCCGCACCAACCCUGCAAGCAGCUACCUUUCCUCAGCGUCCAGGAGUACAGACAGAAAGGUACCACAGGUGAAGGCACUGGGACUCAGUAAGAUCCCAGUAGUUGGUGGAGCAGGAAACCGAGCAGCUAAACCCCCUGUCCCUCACACACAUGGUCGUCACCCCACAUCACCAGGUGAAAAAGAGCCCCUUAGUGACGAGGGCUACUGGGACACACCCUCAGCAACACCUACUGCAACACCUGAUGAGAGUGGGCUGCAGCAAAACCAGAAGAUGGCCCUAUCACGUGACAGCUGCUCUGGAGACCACCUGUACGACCUCUACAAUGAUCCUGAAGAAGAAGCAGAGGAUCAGGGGGGAGAUGAAGAUCUAAACAGUUCGCCCUCUCCAUCUAGUGAACACAAAAUGAGCCCCAUCUCCCAAACAACUCUUCCUUCCUCCUCCUCCGCUUGCUCCUUCAGAUCAAUGAAAGGCAGCACCAGCCUUCCUCGAGAAUCCAAGAUCCCCGUAAGCAACAAACAAACCCCACCCCCCCACUCUGCAAGCCAGUCAGCCCUGUCAUCUGUUCUAGAGGCUGAAUCCCCUCCACCAAAGACGCAACCGCCUCCCCCAGCUCGCACCAGAAUCCCAGUGUCCAAGGUGCCAGUUCGUCGUUCUGGAAGCAAACCUGGCAGCACGACCAGAGGGACUGCCCACAAGAAGUAGUUUCUCCUACACUGCAGCUUAUGCAGAGCCAAAUGUUUUCCCAGACCAAGAAAAAUGUUGAGCUGUACAGUUAAUGGCCUAUAAAUUCCUGUCAAAUCUUUAAAGCUCUCAUUCCUUUGGUGUUUUGGCUUAUGAACGACUACAUUGGAAUAAGUGGUUUAUUCACUUGAGAAAGUCACAAGGAGACUCCUAAAAGCUGGGAUAACAUUUCACAGCCCUCCCUCAAACUUCGGGGGUUGACUAUUGACAAUCUGUUGAUUCACAAAAGACACAUUCGCCUUGAAAGUUCCUGGAAAAGUUUGACAGAAAACAAAAGCAGAGCACCUUUUAACCUUUUACAACUCAAUUUGACACUAAGGACCUAAUCUAAUCAAAGUUAUUAUUAUUAUUAUUGUCUGCUCUAUAACAAAUACUGCCUAAUUCUCUGAUUUAAGAGCCAAAGUUUUGAAUUUCAUCAUAGUCUGGGAGAGUCUCAACAGUGUCCUAUAAUAACCCACCACUUUUCCUUUGGCUGUGUUUUUCUGAAGAUGGUCUUUUGCCAACCACACACUGAUUUUAAAACUAUACACUGAGAUCUGAACUGCUUUUAUUACCUGCUUUACAGCUACAAAGCUACCCUGCAGAAGGUCCCAUGGCAUCUCAUGUUUUUGAAGAUCGAAUGGCCGAUUUGUUUUUUUUUUAAUGUGGAUGGACUAACUUUGGCUUCAACCUUUGCAUUUGGAUCUCACUUGUACCCGACUGCUUCGCUGGAAGUACAGUCACAGAAUGUUAAUCUCUGGGAUUUACAACUGUUCAGUUAUCAAUGGAAACCUGCAAAACUAUCGCAAUACAUCAACCCGGAGGGAUCCCUUGCACUGAUGCUUCGUUAUCCACAAACACACGCGCAUACACAAUCAUACAUACACACACUCACACAUCUCUUGCUCUCUGCAUGUAGUGCCGCACAUCAGGGCACAAAGGUCAGGGAACAUCAUCUAAUGCUGAAGGAUCUGACAAACGCACACUGUUCAACCUCUGGCACUGUAUUUGUAGCUACACUGGAUUAACUUUCUUCUCCAAGGACACAUGCACAAACACAUUUUUUCUAGUUAGUAUUUUCUUCUUCACUGGAUUUCAUACUGUUUUUAUAGACUUUCCCUUUCCUCAGUCAUACUGCACGGAUCCUAAACUGUGAUAGCACCAGCUUCUUAACACUGCUUUGUUUUCUUUCUGUUCCUCACUGUUAGCAAACUGUACAGGUUGACACAUGAUGGAUGACAAGGAGGUAUUCUUUCUAUAAGUGUGCCGGUUUAGAGAAUAUUAUACGUAGCAAAAUUUGGGAACUAAUGCUAAAUGAUUGCCCUUUUCCCUUCUUCUACAGGCUGUUGUACUAAAAACAAAACAAAUCAAAAACCAAUGUAUAACUUAAUUCCAGGAGCCACCACAGCUGUGAGUGAAUCUGAAUGUAGCUUGACAUUGUAAUGGAUUAUUUGUCAGCACGUAGUUUUCUAUGCUCUACUACCCUCUUUGUCCCUCUUUUGUUAGGAUAAGACAAACUGGAUUUGACUUUUUUCUAAGUCCCUCGUGGUUUGCAUUGCAAAGCACCACUUGCUUUAAAAUGAGAGGGUGUGUUGCAGUCCUAACAGGCCUUUGUCAGUGAUUCAGCGAGAUCAGUUAAAGGAAGCAGAUUGUUCCCUUUAUUGGGAUUUCCAUAGAGUUUUCAUAGCAUAUGCCACGUUUUACCUAAUCAUUACCACAGGCGGUAUCAGUGACACUUUCGGGUCAUUCUUUAAGCCAUCUCAUCUUGUUUAGAAUGUAACGAUUGAUCCAUGACGCCGCUCUGGGUUCGGAUAUCUUUUCGGCCUCCUUAUGGUGUAGUGUAGGCAGACCAUGGAGUAACCUGAUUCCAGGACUGCAGUAGGAACUUUUCUAGCCAGAUAAAAGGGCAAACUAAAGGUCACCUGGGAAGUAACGAGUGAUUGUGUCAGUUUUUUCUUCCUUUAUCGUUGCUCUUUCUUCUUUUGAUUUAGACUACAGUCACUUUUAGCUUCCGUUUUCAUUGCUGAUUGGAGUGAUUAAUCAAAAGUAAACUGUGACACAAAGUAUUUUUUUGGUUGACCACAUUUUACCUGGAUUUCUGGUUAAAAAAAAUUACAAACAUUUAAUCUGUCAGAUUAAGAUACAGCAGAAGUGAACAAGGACAGGUCAUUAUGCCAUCAAUGUCCAUCGGGUUUUUGUUUAAAUAUACGGCAUCAGUUGAUCUCACUCUAUCCCACAUGACAGAGUAUGAGUCACUGUUUCUUAGCGUCAUCCAAGUAUGACUAACAAAAAUGAAGGAAGAACUGUUGCACUGGCAUGCACACACCGCCGAGGCCACCAUGUUUCAAGCACGAGGUCACCACCACCAGACUCAGUUCCAUGUAUAUUUUGCAGGCAAACACUUCCCUUUUCUUUCAAUAUAUUCAAUAUAAACCUGGACCAUCGUUUGCUCCAAUGAAAAGCAGAUUAUAUUUUCCUCCUUUUUUGUUUUCAUGUUUACAUUGUGAAAUCCUCAUGACAUUUUUAAUAAAUAAAAUUGUAUUUGCGCUGACGGAUGAA